AUUAGUUAUUUUUUACGCAUUUCCUGUAAAAGAAAGAUUGCAAAUGUAAGACUGGAAGUAAUUGCAUACUAGUUUUCAAAGAGUAAUAAUGGGAGAAGAACUUCAAUCCAUAAUGUCUUUUGAGAUAGCCUACAGUAGCUCAAAAGUAAACCAUUGUGCAAGAAUUGCAGAAGAGAAAAAGACCUUACAAAGGAAAAGAAACAUAUUGCAUCUGAUUCAUCAACAUCUUAAGGAUGAAGGACUUCAGUGUUCUGCUCAAAGUCUGUCCAAAGAAGCAUGUUUGACUGGUGAAUAUGAAGUCUGUGACAACAUAGACCUUCCAACUAUAGUUAUGGAGUAUGAAACAUACUACUAUCUAAGAUUCCAAAAGUAUCCUAAAAUAUGCAAGAAGGCAGUAGAAAAUAUAGAAUCAACAAAUUUCUCAGUUCCAAAAUCAAAAAAUAACUUUCAAAAGAAGAAAACAGUACAAGCCAACAGUUCAUCAUCAACUCUGAAUAAUGAAAGUAAUUCCUUUGAGCAGAAAGAGGGCGGAAAAAAUGACUGUAAACCAGAUAAGUCAGUUGAUGCUGAACAGUUAUCUAAGGAUUUGCAGUCAGAGAUAAAGGUAAUACCACUGCUAGUGGCAGACAACAGUAAGACAGAAGAGAAUAACUCCAUCAGGAGUACAUUAUUGCAACCUCCACCACAUUUCAGUGGUGAAUACAAAGAUCUGGCAGAAAUUAUUAUACAGGAUAUAUGGAUGAUGAACUUGAAUGUUCACUGGGAUGAUGUAAAGGGAUUAAAUAAAGCCAAAAGUCUGCUUAAAGAAGCUGUUGUCUACCCAGUCAAAUACCCAGAGCUGUUCUCAGGAAUUCUGUCACCAUGGAAGGGUUUAUUACUGUAUGGACCACCAGGAACAGGGAAAACUUUGCUUGCCAAAGCUGUUGCAGCACAAUGCAAAACAACAUUCUUCAAUAUAUCGGCCUGCUCACUUGUUAGUAAGUGGAGAGGAGACUCAGAAAAACUUGUGAGGGUACUGUUUGACCUGGCUCGCCACUAUGCGCCAUCCACAAUAUUUCUCGAUGAAAUCGAUGCUCUUGCUUCUCAUCGUGAUGGGUUACUGGAACAUGAGGCAUCUCGUAGACUGAAAGCUGAGCUACUUAUUCAGAUGGAUGGAAUUUCCUCAUCUCAUGACAGUGUCUUUCUAUUGGCUACAUCUAACCUCCCAUGGGCACUGGAUGCAGCAAUACUGCGACGGUUGCCGAAGAGGAUACUUGUGGAUCUACCAGAUACAGAGGCCCGAAAAGCCAUGUUUCAGCACUAUUUGCCUCCAACAAUUCUCAACAAGCCACUUCUUCAGAGUGAUCUUAAUUAUUCUAAACUUGCUGAAGUCACAGAUGGGUAUUCUGGUUCUGACAUCAAAUUAGUCAGUCAGGAAACACUGAUGAAUGCAAUCAGGCCAUUGUUCUCUGUCUUGGAAGAAUGUGAGUCUGGUACAAAUUUAUGUAAGCUGAAGGCCAAAGUUAUUUCAACAGAUGACGUUAUGCAUGCUUUGACAAAAACAAGACCUUCAGCAUCUCACCUUGUUUCCAAGUACCAGAAGUGGCAGGAAGAUUUUGGAUCUGCGUAGUUAAAACAAAGCUAGUGCCAAGGAAAGAAAAAAUAAAGUCAUGAAGAAACUUUUUAUAUUUAUAUAUAAAUUACCAACAUUUUAUUAUCACAUUCCAGUUUAAAGUGAGAAAUGAUAAACAGUUCUUUUACAAUAUCACAGUGUCAUACAAAAAUGGAAAGAUGUAAUCUCUGAAGGAAGUCAUGUUACAAAUUGAGGUCCUUUACAAUUAAUGUAAAAAAGUAUAUGUAUCUCUUCAGAUGAGUUCUGGCAGAACAUUGCAAAAGAUUGUUCAAAACAGUAAUUUCUGUAUGUCCAUGGCUCCUUAUGGUAUAAAAAUAUAAGUCCCUUUGUUUCAUUUCUUCCUUGAAUGCAUCCGAAGGUGGCUUAGCUUAUGUCUACCCUUCUUAGCGUCUCUCAGGCCUUGAUAGUAUCCUGAAAAAUAUGAACAAUAAUUUAAAAAACAGACACCCAAUGACAAAUGCUUGUGCAACACACUUGCAGGUUUGCAUAGCAGCAUUUUUGUUGUUUGCUUUUCUUAUGUUUGCACUUGGUUAGCAUAUCACUUUAGCACCCAUAUUUUUGCUGCCACCCCAGCUUCAGCUGUAAUUCAAUACAAAGGAGGACACAGAUGAAAGCUAUCAAUAUUAUCAGUUGGAAUUUAUACUAAAAUGAAGGUAGAUGCCUCUGUGUAUGCACAUAUUAGUGAAUAUUCUGCAAAACAAUACCAAAAGUUUAAUAAAAGUGAG